AUGCCCGGGCAGGCGAUGGUUUACCUCGGGGAGGCUGUUGUGGACGGAGCAUACGCAGGCGGUGCUCCCAUCUCUGACGCCUGGAAGAAACCUUUUGUCAGCAAGAGUCAACAGGACAUUGAGCGAAAGCUUCCCGUCCUCCCUAAAGUGCACCUGGGAAUCUCGGAUCCCUCUGAAGAGGCUGCUGUAGAGAAGGUUGUUCUCCAUCCACAGUUUCAGAACCGCUCUGACUGGGACGACGAUGUAGCUCUGCUCCAGCUGAAGGCAUCUGUGGUUAUGAGUGAUAAGAUUACCCCCAUCCCUUUGCCCGAGAGAGGCCAUAAAUCCUGCACCAGUCACAAGUACGGAGUCUAUAUGAAGAUUUCCUCAUAUGUGCCCUGGAUCCACAGCGUGGUCAGAGGAGGGAGAGGAAGCCACGUCCACGAUGUACUCAUGGCAGCAGCGUGGGAAAGAAAACCUGUGAACAGAUCAAAGAGAAGCACAAUUAACGCUGCCAUGAUGAUAACAGCAUGA